AUGCAGCACAAAAACUAUGUUAAGGUGUACCGAUCGGUCGGUUUUUUUCGCACGAGUAUGAAGAUUUCAGUAGCGCUGAUACUGCUUGCAGUACACGUAGACUACGCUCUACUAGCCAAGAGCCCAGCCAAGUCAUGUGCUUCGCACGAAUUUCAGUGCGAAAAUGGGGCAUGCAUACCGGCUGCAGGGCAUUGCAACGAUAGCCAGGACUGUGCCGAUGGAAGCGAUGAAUCUGGAUGUGAUUACUUCCUCUGCAAGGAACCGUUCUGGUAUCGGUGCCGACACGAAACCACCUGCAUCAGUGGGUCUAGCCGAUGCGAUAAGCAGAAGGACUGUCUGGAGGGUGACGAUGAGGAAAACUGUGAUAACUAUGAAGUACCGCACAAGGCGCCCGUGUGCAGCAAAGCGGAGUUCACCUGCACGGAUAAGGCAUGCAUCCCAGCCGAUCUGGUGUGCGACGGUGUCCACCACUGUCUGGACGGGUCAGACGAAACUAUCGGCUGUAUCGACAUCGCGGCCAAAUGUAAGGGCUUCCUGUGUCGCAACAAGCACUGCCUGAAGUCUAGCAGCUGGGUGUGCGACGGCCAGGACGAUUGUGGCGAUGGGUCGGACGAGGAGCACUGUCUGCACGAGUGCACGCUGGAGCAUGGGAAGUUCGAGUGCCACAACAACCACACCUGUAUAGAUGUGGCGCAGGUGUGUAACGGAGCGGAUGACUGUGGUGAUGGUAGUGACGAGAGUGCGAGCUGUAAAUCGGAUGCCUGCAAAAAACUUAAAUGUGCUCCACAAACCUGCAAGGUAAUGCCGGACGGCAAAGCGGUAUGUUUGUGCGGUGUCGGCUUCAAGUUCGAUGCCGCUACGGGCAAGUGUCAGGAUGUGAACGAGUGCGCACGGUAUGGGCUGUGCUCGCAGGGAUGCAUCAACACACCGGGCUCCUUCCGGUGUACGUGCAUCGAUCAGUUUACUCUUAUGCGCGACGGACGUACGUGCGAACUCUCCACCGGCACCGAGGCGUUGAUGCUAUACACUACCCAGAAGUCCGUCGGCGCCAUGUACCUGACGUCCAUGCAUCAGUACUACGUCGCGAAAGAGCUAUCGCAAGUGAUCGGCGUGUCGUACGACGGCAUGCACGUCUACUGGACGGAUAUCUCGCACAAAACGGAAUCGAUCGAACGCUCGCUGGAGGAUGGUAGCGAUCGGCAGCUGUUGCUUACGGCGGGACUUAUCUCGCCCGAGGACUUGGUGCUCGAUUGGCUAACCGGGAACAUCUACUUCAGCGACAGCGGCCAGAUGCACAUUGCCGUGUGCUCGAGCGACGGAUACCACUGCAAAGCGAUCAUACAGGACCAGCUGCACAAACCGCGUGGACUGGCGCUUCUGCCCCAGAACGGUACCAUCUUCUUCAGCGACUGGGGCAACAAUGCCAUGAUCGGCCGGGCACGGAUGGAUGGCAGCGAGCAGACGGUCGUCGUCAAUAGCGGUAUUCAUUGGCCAAACGGAUUAACGCUAGACUGGCCCAACGAGCGAUUGUACUGGAUCGAUGCGAAGCUGAAGCGCAUCGAGAGCAUGCACUUUGAUGGCAGCGAUCGUGUAGUGGUGUUGUCCGACGUACUGAAGCAUCCAUUUUCGGUAGCCGUGUUUAACGAUCGUCUGUACUGGUCGGAUUGGGACACAAAGAGCAUUCAAUCAUGUGAUAAAUUUACCGGCAAGAUGCGUCAAACGCUGGUGCGCGAUCGUAUGAUCUUCGAUGUACACAUCUAUCACUCCAGCAUUCAGCCGAAGGUUAGUCACGCCUGUGUAAACCACACCUGCUCACAUCUGUGUCUGCUGACGUCCAAUGCCACCUACGCCUGUGCCUGCCCACAAGGCAUGGAGCUGCACCGGGAUAAGCACAGCUGUGUGAAUGUGGCCAAACGGCAGGACAUCCUACUUGGCAUCGGCCACUAUCUAGUGACGCUCAAGCAUCAUCUGUUCGGGCGUCAUGAAACUGGCAGAGGCGAACAGCUAUUCCCGACCAUUAGCAAGAUGGCGUUCAACAGUCUCAACGGUGAGGUGUUCAUCGCUGACAACGUGCAGCACGCGAUCUUUACGCUGGAGCUGGCAUCACUCCGCACCAGACGUAUCGUAUCGGACGGUAUCGGAAUGAUCACAGCACUUGCUUUUGACUAUCUAAGCAACACGCUGUAUUGGGCGGAUGCGAAAUGGUCUACUAUUGUGAUAUAUAGCUUGCAGACUCAACAUCGAGCGAUCGUCCAGCACUACCUAGGCGAUGAUGCGCCCGUAGCGCUAGCACUGGUACCGGAAAUUGGCAAAAUGUUUAUUGCGCUACGUUCGACCUCCGGUCACACGCACAUUGACCGGCAGGACAUGACGGGCCGUGGACCCCACGCACACGUCAUUGAGGACAGACUAGGCAGCAACGGUACGAUCAGCUUCGCGGUCGAUCACGAUCUGCGCGCUAUCUUUUGGAGCGACAUGGGCAAAAACCGAAUCGAGAUCACCAGCUACGAAGGCGACACUCGGCAUCUGUUCCGCGAGUACCUGCGCCAGCCGGUGUCGGUGGCGAUCGUUGGCAACGAGCUGUUCUGGACGUGCUACGGAUCCCAGCGUCUGUACUGGUCGGACAAGCAUAACGUCGGCACAACGAAGCGCAUCAACAUUCAACUGCCGCCCAACAUGACGGUACCGGAGAUGAUACCGAUCAUUGCCACCCAGCCCACGAAACGGCACGACCAUCCGUGUCUGAAGGGCAAUGGCGGAUGUUCGCAUAUUUGCGUGUCCGCCGGACUGUACGCGAGUGCCUGCGUAUGUCCAACGGGCAUGGUGUUCAAUUCCUCGGUCAGCAAGGUGUGCAUCAAUGCCUCCGAUUGCGAGUUUCGGUGCGAGUCGGGCGAGUGUCUGAAGAUGAAGCAGCGCUGCAACGGACAUGUCGACUGUAAGGACCAGUCGGACGAGCAGAACUGUGAUCCUGGCGUGGCGCGUAUCGCGGCCAGCUGCAGGUGGAACGAGUUCCGCUGCACUGACGGCAGCAAAUGUAUCCCGAUGGAGCGACGAUGCGACAAGCACCACGACUGUGCUGAUCUCUCCGACGAGGCUAACUGUGCCGGCUACGAUCGGUUCUCGAAAUGCAGCAAGUUCCAGUUUACUUGCGCGAACGGAUUCUGCAUUGACGCGACCGGUCGGUGCGAUGGUGUGUCGGACUGUGCGGAUGGUUCGGACGAGCUGGGUUGCACGAAGUUGCCGCACAAACAGGAACAGACUAUCACAUGCUCAGAGGGCAUGUUCCAGUGCAACAGCGGCCAGUGUAUUCCGGCUGCCUGGGAGUGCGACGGUAGUCCAGACUGUAACGAUGCGUCCGACGAGCAUGAGACAUGCCAUCCGGCCACGCCCGAAUGUCCCGCAGGAUACUUUCGGUGUGCGCUCGGGUUUUGCAUCAAACAGUCCGUGCUGUGCGAUGGGAACGAUGACUGCGGGGACGGUUCGGACGAAGAGAACUGCCCGAGCGACGGUGUGCGGGAAGGGCAGUGUCAGGCAGGGGACUACACCAACUCGACGGUGUUUCAUUGCGGCAAGUCCAACACCUGUCUCGAUGUUGCCGUUCGCUGUAACGGUACGGCCGAAUGUCCUCACGGUGAGGACGAGGCAGGUUGUACGAAUUGUGGCAUCCGCGAUUUCCAGUGCGACGACGGUCAAUGCAUUCGGCUGGAAUGGCGCUGCGACAAGGACGUCGACUGUGAUGACGGUUCGGACGAGCUCAACUGUACCAGCAGUAGUGGGCGAGCGACGGAAACCUUCCACUCGACUAAUUGCGGCAAGGACACCUUCGAGUGUAAGGCGGGUGAAUGCAUCCAGAUGUCUGCACUGUGCGACGGCAAGCGUGACUGCUCCAACGGUCACGAUGAGGAUGGCAACUGUCAAUCGGCCUGCCUAGGUGGACUUGGACCGUGUGCCCAAAUCUGCCAGAAAUCGCCGACCGGUUCCAUCUGCGAUUGCUUGGACGGGUACGAGCUGGCCGGAGAUAAGAAGAAUUGCGUGGACCUGAACGAGUGUGACGCAAGGCAACCAUGUGCACAGAUUUGUACCAACGUCAAGGGCUCGUACCGCUGCUCCUGUCACGAAGGGUUCAUGCUCCGGGCGGACAAGACAUCCUGCAAAGCUAUCGGAGCGCCCCAACACGUACUGUACACCACGGUCGACCAGGUGCGGAAACUCACCGUCAACCCGCCGCAAAUCGAAACGCUACUGCAGGUAAGCGGCAGUCGAGUCACCACCAUGGAUAUAAAUAUUCGCCAGCAGAAGCUCUACUUUGCCACUAAGGACAGUGCGGCGCUGUAUGAGCUGAACCUGAAAACGAACACUACUCGGGUGCUGACGAGCGUCGGGACGCCGGACAAAGUGUCCGUCGACUGGAUCGCAUCGAACGUGUACUUCGUCGAUGCAGAGGAACGGUCCAUCAAGGUGUGCAGCUUCGAGCGGGAAGCCUGCGCCCGGGUCAUCUCGUUUACGCAGCGUACCUUCGUCAAGGCACUUGCGCUAGACCCGCUCAACAAGUUCAUGUUUUACUCGCUGCUGUACUCGUGGAUCUUUCAGGUUCCUCAUUCAAUUAUCUUCAAAGCCAAGCUCGACGGUACGCUCCAGGAAGUCGUCACCAAGCAAUCGGCACUCGUUUCCGCAAUCGCCGUGGAUCCACAGAGUCAGUUACUUUACUACACCGAGCUUAGCGGUAAAACGCUUUGUCGCGUCAACUACUACGGCCAGCAGCAGACAGUGCUCGUCCGUGAUCAACCACACGUGCUUAAUCAUCCGCUGCAGCUGAGCGUGUUUGAAAACCAGGCACUGAUCGUGAAUGAAGGCUCGGCUACGAUAGGACAGUGCCAACUGUUUGCCGGCUACAAGUGCGAUCGGUUUGAUGUGAAUGUGCCCCCGUCCAAACAGGUCCUGCUGGUUCAGGAGUCUCGGCAACCAAUGGCCAACAAUUGGUGCGACACCAAGUUGAUCAAUUGCACCCACCUGUGCAUACCGGAAGAUGCGAAGGGCAAAUGCGUGUGCGAGAAUGGGCUUGAAAUACGUGAAGGCGACCGGUGUCCCAAGCCCCAGGAUAAAAGCCGAGCGCUGACACCCUUCCGCGUAGCGUCGACGCACGCAGACCAGUCCCUCUCCGGCGCGAAUGACGAACAAGAGUCUACGGGAAGCUUUCUCAGUUUUAUGUCAUACGCCGUGUUGAUUGCGGCGAUGUGUGGGAUUGGAUUUUAUGUUUACUGGCAGCGUUACUACCGUUCCAGCAAGUUCGAUGUUGGAAUACAAUUCAAGAACACCGAGCUGAGCACGGUCGACAUUUCGGACGUCGAGUUGUCAAACGUCACCUUCCAGGGCAAUCCGGCGAUAGGCGACGGUAGUGAUGGGGCUCCCAGCUGCCACGAAGAUUUUGAGUACGACAGCUACACACAGAACAACACGAUAUCGGCCUCCGAUGCCGUAUAUAACAAUUGUGAUGAUAUGCACAGCCGUUUGAUAGUGUAA